GUAACCCAGCCACAGAGAAAUGUAGCAUAGGAGAUUCCAAAGACAGUUGAAACGUUUAAAGAAAGAGAAGGAUAUUCUCCUAAAAAGAAAUAGACUGUUGGCCAAAGAAAUUAAAGAGGCAAGGAAACAUGUGUCCGAUUUCCGUUAUCACAAUGAAUUGAUGGCAAAGGAGCGCGAUAAGGCUCAGAAGGAAAGGGAUGCUCUUCAGUUGGAGAAAAUACAUCUGUUAAAGGCACUAGAUGAAGAGAGAAAAGAAAAGGAGGUUCUCGUUGCAAGGAAAAAGAAGGAAGGAGCAGAACUUCAUGAGACAGAAAGCAAUGGAAUACCAGAUUGUUCAUUAACAGAAACACCAACAGUAGAUGUAAUUAAUGUUAAAGAGGAGAAUGAAAUGUCACUCGCAGAGGACCAUAGUGUAGAAAUGAAAGAUGUAAAAAGUGAGGACACAGACAUCGAACCAAAGACGGAAGACGAGAUAACAAUCAAAGAAGAGGAAAUUGAGUGCAACGAUCCAUUGUUGACUUUCCCGUGCAAGUUUUGUGAGAUUGUGUAUGCCACCAAAAGUGACCUGGAGGAUCACGUCAAAGAAGAGCAUGAGAGAGGAGAGCCACUGACCUGUUGCAGUUGUGAUAAAAUGUUCCAUAAAGAAAUUGAACUGAAGCUUCAUGAAGUUGUACAGCAUCAGGCAAAGUUAUGUAAGAAAGAG